AUGGAGUUUGAUCCGCCGCGUGUCAGCUCGCGUGACGAGCGGGACGACGUGGGUACAUGGCGCGCGAAUGCUACGGCAUGUGCUCUGUCGGAUAUUCGGUCACAUAUGAUUGAUCGGAAUUGCAUGGACCUGUUUAUGAUGGAGGCGGCGCUCACACUGCAGACCAGUGCCGCACGCAAGGCACGGCAGGCCAAUGAUGUCGUGGCGCUCUUGGAGGCACAGGACCCUGGCUCACAUAUCCCGCCCCGACUGUCGGCAUCAGAUGAGGCGGAUAUGGCCGCUGGACGCAUGGAGUCGCUGGGCCGGCAUGUGGGUGCCAAUUUGACCGAGAUACUCUUGCGUGACAAGCCGCGCUUGCCUGACACUUUGGACCGCGUCAAAUUUGUGUGCAAGGAACUUUGGAGUGUGGUGUGGAACAAGCAAAUCGAUAAUUUGCGCACGAACCACCGCGGCGUGUUUGUGCUUCAAGACCAAGCCUUUCGUGCACUCAUGGCCCUCGGACAGCCCGAUGCAGCCCAUGUCUACGUCUCGAUGCAACUGUCCUUCGCGUCAGGACUCCUGCUCGGCGCCCUUGAGCGUCUCGGUAUACCAUGCUCGGUCCAGGCAGACGCGGAAUACCCCCCUGUCUGUUCGUUCCACGUGCGAUUAAUGUCCAUAUAG